AUGGCGACAGAAUCAUCAGAGGGAGAAGAGGAAGGGAAGCUGACAGGAGGGAACCAAGUGCUAACAGUGGACGAUGAUCUCAGAGAAAUGGGCAAGAAGGCCGCUUGGAGUGUCAGCUCUUGCAAGGCCGGCAAUGGCGUCUCAUCUCUCCGUGACGACAAUCUUGAUACUUAUUGGCAAUCGGAUGGUGCGCAACCUCAUUUAGUAAACAUUCAAUUCCAGAAGAAAGUGAAGCUCCAACUUGUUGUUCUCUAUGUGGAUUUCAAGCUUGAUGAGAGCUAUACACCUUGUAAGAUCUCAAUUCGUGCUGGGGAUGGCUUCCACAACUUGAAGGACAUAAAAACUGUUGAGCUCGAUAAGCCAACGGGUUGGGUUCAUAUAUCAUUGUCUGGAAAUGAUCCUAGGGAAACUUUUGUCAAUACUUUUAUGUUGCAAAUCUCCGUGUUAUCAAAUCACCUUAAUGGAAGGGACACUCAUGUGCGGCAGAUCAAAGUUUACGGCCCUCGACCGAACCCUAUUCCGCAUCAGCCAUUUCAGUUUACUUCAAGAGAGUUCAUCACCUAUUCUUCUGUGAGAUGA